CCGCGCCGCGGCGCCCCCGCGCCGGGUCCGCGCGUCAGUCGGCGGCGAGCGCGUCUGCGGGGCGGCGGGCAGCGGCCGGCCGAGCGCGCCCACCCCGGGGAGGCGGAGGGCUUCGCGGGCGUCGCCGCGGCAGGCUCGGAGCCCGGAGACUCGCGCUGCGCCAUGGCCCCCAUUGGCCUCAAAGCCGUGGUCGGAGAGAAGAUCAUGCACGAUGUGAUAAAGAAGGUGAAGAAGAAGGGAGAGUGGAAGGUCCUGGUGGUGGACCAGCUGAGCAUGAGGAUGCUCUCGUCCUGCUGCAAGAUGACGGACAUCAUGACGGAGGGGAUCACAAUUGUGGAAGACAUCAACAAGCGCAGGGAGCCGCUGCCCAGCCUGGAGGCCGUGUACCUCAUCACGCCGUCCGAGAAGUCUGUCCACUCGCUCAUCAGCGACUUCAAGGACCCGCCGACUGCCAAGUACCGGGCGGCACACGUGUUCUUCACUGACUCCUGUCCAGAUGCCCUGUUCAAUGAGCUGGUCAAAUCUCGAGCAGCCAAAGUCAUCAAAACGCUGACGGAAAUCAACAUCGCGUUCCUCCCCUACGAGUCCCAGGUGUACUCCCUGGACUCGGCCGACUCCUUCCAAAGCUUCUACAGUCCCCACAAGGCCCAGAUGAAGAGCCCCAUCCUGGAGCGCCUGGCCGAGCAGAUUGCCACCCUGUGUGCCACGCUGAAGGAGUACCCCGCCGUGCGGUAUCGGGGGGAAUACAAGGACAACGCCCUGCUGGCCCAGCUGAUCCAGGACAAGCUGGACGCCUACAAAGCCGAUGACCCCACCAUGGGCGAGGGCCCAGACAAGGCGCGCUCCCAGCUCCUGAUCCUGGACCGUGGCUUCGACCCCAGCUCCCCGGUCCUCCACGAACUGACCUUCCAGGCCAUGAGCUACGACCUGCUGCCCAUUGAAAAUGAUGUCUAUAAGUACGAGACCAGCGGCAUCGGGGAGGCACGGGUCAAGGAAGUGCUGCUGGACGAGGAUGAUGACCUGUGGGUGGCUCUACGCCACAAGCACAUCGCGGAGGUGUCCCAGGAAGUCACCCGGUCGCUGAAGGACUUUUCCUCGAGCAAGAGAAUGAACACGGGGGAGAAGACCACCAUGCGGGACCUGUCCCAGAUGCUGAAGAAGAUGCCACAGUACCAGAAGGAGCUCAGCAAGUAUUCCACCCACCUGCACCUGGCCGAGGACUGCAUGAAGCACUACCAGGGCACCGUGGACAAGCUCUGCCGGGUGGAGCAGGACCUGGCCAUGGGGACGGACGCCGAAGGGGAGAAGAUCAAGGACCCCAUGAGAGCCAUCGUCCCCAUCCUGCUGGACGCCAACGUCAGCACCUACGACAAGAUCCGCAUCAUCCUGCUCUACAUCUUUCUGAAGAACGGAAUCACUGAGGAGAACCUGAACAAGCUGAUCCAGCAUGCACAGAUCCCCCCGGAGGACAGCGAGAUCAUCACCAACAUGGCGCACCUUGGGGUGCCCAUCGUCACCGACUCCACGCUGCGCCGCAGGAGCAAGCCCGAGCGGAAGGAGCGCAUCAGUGAGCAGACCUACCAGCUCUCCCGCUGGACCCCGAUUAUCAAAGACAUCAUGGAGGACACGAUCGAGGACAAACUCGACACCAAGCACUACCCGUACAUCUCCACCCGCUCCUCUGCCUCCUUCAGCACCACCGCUGUGAGCGCCCGCUACGGGCACUGGCACAAGAACAAGGCCCCCGGGGAGUACCGCAGCGGCCCCCGCCUCAUCAUCUUCAUCCUGGGGGGCGUGAGCCUGAACGAGAUGCGCUGCGCCUACGAGGUGACCCAGGCCAACGGCAAGUGGGAAGUGCUCAUCGGUUCUACUCACAUUCUCACUCCCACCAAAUUUCUCAUGGACCUGAGACACCCCGACUUCAGGGAGUCCUCUAGGGUAUCUUUUGAGGAUCAGGCUCCAGCAAUGGAGUGAGAGAGCCCAAGAAACAAAGUAAAAGCAGUUUAUCCCAGAAAAGAAACUCUUC